GCACAGCGGUACCUCAGACUUUUUCUCUGCGGUUGUUUUUUUUUUUGGUUAGUUUUCAAUUCAGACCGAAAAUGAGGGAAAUCGUACAUCUUCAGGCCGGCCAGUGCGGGAACCAAAUCGGGGCGAAGUUCUGGGAGGUGAUAAGCGACGAGCAUGGCAUAGACCCCUCCGGGACGUACCACGGGGACAGCGACCUGCAGCUGGAGCGGAUCAACGUCUAUUACAACGAGGCUACAGGUGGCAAGUAUGUCCCCCGUGCAGUGCUGGUGGACCUGGAGCCAGGCACAAUGGACUCUGUGAGGUCUGGCCCGUACGGUCAGGUGUUCAGACCUGACAACUUUGUCUUUGGCCAGAGCGGUGCUGGAAACAACUGGGCUAAAGGCCACUACACAGAGGGUGCUGAGCUGGUGGACUCGGUCCUGGAUGUGGUGAGGAAAGAGGCAGAAAGCUGCGACUGCCUGCAGGGCUUCCAGCUCACCCACUCCCUGGGCGGAGGGACGGGCUCGGGCAUGGGAACGCUGCUCAUCAGCAAGAUCCGGGAGGAGUAUCCAGACCGCAUCAUGAACACCUUCAGCGUGGUGCCGUCCCCCAAGGUGUCGGACACGGUGGUGGAGCCGUACAACGCCACCCUGUCAGUCCACCAGCUGGUGGAGAACACGGAUGAGACCUACUGCAUCGACAACGAGGCUCUGUACGACAUCUGCUUCCGCACCCUGAAGCUGACCACGCCCACCUACGGAGACCUCAACCAUUUGGUGUCGGCCACCAUGAGCGGGGUGACCACCUGCCUGCGCUUCCCCGGCCAGCUCAACGCCGACCUGAGGAAGCUGGCUGUCAACAUGGUGCCGUUUCCCAGGCUGCACUUCUUCAUGCCGGGCUUCGCCCCGCUGACCAGCCGCGGCAGCCAGCAGUACCGGGCUCUGACCGUCCCCGAGCUCACCCAGCAAAUGUUCGACUCAAAGAACAUGAUGGCGGCCUGCGACCCUCGCCAUGGCCGCUACCUGACGGUGGCCGCCAUCUUCAGGGGCCGCAUGUCCAUGAAGGAGGUGGACGAGCAGAUGCUGAACGUGCAGAACAAGAACAGCAGCUACUUCGUGGAGUGGAUCCCCAACAACGUCAAGACGGCCGUGUGCGACAUCCCUCCACGCGGCCUGAAGAUGGCUGCGACCUUCAUUGGGAACAGCACCGCCAUCCAGGAGCUGUUUAAGCGCAUUUCCGAGCAGUUCACCGCCAUGUUCCGCCGUAAAGCCUUCCUGCACUGGUACACCGGAGAAGGCAUGGACGAGAUGGAGUUCACGGAGGCUGAGAGCAACAUGAACGACCUGGUGUCUGAGUACCAGCAGUACCAGGACGCCACGGCUGAGGAAGAGGGCGAGUUUGAGGAGGAGGGUGAAGAGGAAAUGGCCUGAAGCGACUCGCACAGUCGUCCUACUAUGCAACAUUGAAGGUCACGUUAAGGCUACUAUGCAACAUUGAAGGUCAUGUUAAGGCUUUUUUCUGAAUGAAGUCUGUUCCCAGCUGUUGACAUCUUUUCAGUCAUUUACAAGUCUAAUUUGUUGGGUUGAAUAUAAUAAAGGUUAUUAUUUGAACUCCAA